UCACUCCCAUGUUCACUUCAUAACCUGUGCUAAAAUCUCGACGGCGACGAAGGAGCAAAGAAGAGAAAGGAAUGGCGGAGUACGGCGACAUCCUCCACCGCCUUCCGCAAUCGAAGUCGGUCGACGCCGUCCGGUGGCUCUCCUCCGUCUCCGCCUUCGACCGAUUCGUCGCCUCCGCCGUCCAUGACCCGGACGCCGCUCUCCCUGCCGCGGCCUCCGCCAUCGAGAUCCACUCCCUAAUCUUAGCCCCUUCCGCCGAUUCAUCCAGUCGAGAACACCCAUGCCUCCACCUCCGCUCCUCCUGGCCCUCAUCUUCCCGGAUCUCCGCCCUCCGGUCCUCCCCCACUCCCUACAAGCAUCUCGCCGUCGCCGCCUCCACCCUCUCGGGCUCGCUUCACGUCCUCUUCGUCGACCCGGUGGAUGGGUCCAUUGAGUCCGAACUAUCCAUUCCCAAUGACCGCUCUCUGCACGCCGGCGUGGUCUCUGCCAUCGAUCUCCUGGAGGGUGGGAGGGAGUGCGUUACGGUGGGUGAGGACGGGCGUGUGAAUCUGGCGAGCAUAGGGGAAUCAAGGAUGGAUUACCGGAGGGUGUACGACAGCCGAGGUCUGGCAUCAUACACUGCAGUUAGGUGGGCAUCGCCGGUAGAGUUUGCAACCGGUGGUUUAGGGUUCGGCGUCCAGUGGUGGGAUCCGAGGAAGCCCGGCGGAUUCGUAUCUCAGUUCACUUCUAACUGGGCACAAGGAAAAACUACUGGCAUAGUUCAUUCAAUAGAUAUCCAUCCAUCACGCAAGCAUAUAUGCAUGGUUGGAGGUUCCGCUGGUACAGUUUUUGCCUGGGAUCUUCGAUAUCCACAACAACCAAUUCUUCUGUCUGGGGCAGGUGGACCAGAACUGCUCUCUGAUAUCGAUGAAGUUUGGCAAGUCCAGUAUGAUAGUCACACUCUCUCUUCAAGUGUUAACUCAGCUACUUCUGCCAAACUAUUACCUGUCAUGAUGUGUUCAGAAGAAGGAAUCCUUGCUGUUCUUGAACAAGGUGAAGAACCAAAAAGAUUGCUACAGGAGUAUUGCGCGAUCAAUUCCUUUGAUAUCGAUCCCCAAAACCCAUCAGACGUUGUUUGUGCACUGGAGUGGGAAGCCGUUGGCAUCUUGAUGCGCCCGAAAGCGGGAAACUACGCAUCGAGUUUUGGUAGACUCCCACCUUCAUUUCAUUAACAGACUUCCCGAUAUGCUCGGGUUGAACACUAUCCUUGUACUCACUACAUAGUUUGCAAGGGCAGUGAAUCUGAGGAAGUGUUGGAUGCUGAUGUUUUUCUAAUCGCAUUUCGUAAUGUAGAACAUUUGACCCCAAAUACUCGCGACAAAUAUGGUUUGAUCGAUGAUUUUUAUAAUUUAGAAAGUUUUCCUA